AUCAACCAUUAAAUUGCUCCCUCCGUGUUGCCCUUCACAUUCAAUCAGUUAUAUAUUUCAUAUCCUAAUGACAUUAAUGUCAUGUGUUAAGUCCCCCCACAUAUUUCCAACAAAACAUUUUUUUCUUCUUAGCAAAAGGUCUGACCUCACCCAUUCAUUUCAUCUACAUAAUAACCGAGGAGAGGUCUUGACGUGCAUAGUGGUCUAUACCGAGGAGAUCUGGGCUGCAUCUUCAGAAGACGCAUUUUUCGUUACUCCUCUAACCUUAAGGGGGCUUUUUAGCUUUUGGUGAGCUAUCCGUUUCUGGAAAACAUCUGAAUCAUUUUAUAACCAAAGCCAGCUGCUGCACAAGUCUAUGCGUGCGCGUGUGAGUGUGUGUGUAUUCGUUUGUACGAGGAAGAGGGAGAGAGUGUGAGAGUAUCUGUUCGCUUUGCUCUCCAAAAAAAGAAAGAAAAAAAUCGUUUGGAGGUCUUUUUCUUCCCGAAACUUUUUUUUAGGAAUGAACGCCGAGACGUGCGUUUCAUACUGCGAAAUGACAUCCAUGGAUUCAUAUUAUAGCCCAUCUGCACCGCAAGGUAGGGAUCACCAGGCGAACCCUUUCAGGACAUUCCAGGCGAGUGACACCAAAUACAGCCCCGCUUUCCUGACCAACAAAGGUCAGGCGUACGGGGAAAAAUCUGGGAGUCCGUUCCAGCAGGAAUGCCAGUCAUUGGAUGCCACUGCUGGGGAAGGCACCUUUAACAAAUACCACCUCUUCAUGCAGAGGUCCUCCUGCAAAACUCCCCCAGACAGCAGGAAACUCCAGCAGGAAAGCGGACACAACGGAGGGCUCAUCGCGUGUUAUGGUAAAGACAGCACAGGGCUGACAGAUUCUGAGUUGCCCCAAAACAGUGAUCCUGCAGGGAUGGAUGGCAGCUACCUCAGCGUAAAGGAGUCAGGAGUGAAGAGCCCCCAACAGCCAAACUCAGAGUUGGCUUCUCCGUUGGACAAGGCCGAGGGAGAGAGCAACAAGGGCAAGAAAAGACGCAACCGUACCACCUUCACAAGCUAUCAGCUAGAGGAGCUGGAGAAAGUCUUUCAGAAAACACACUAUCCCGAUGUCUACGCCCGGGAACAACUCGCACUGAGGACAGACCUGACAGAAGCUCGUGUACAGGUAUGGUUCCAAAACCGCAGAGCCAAGUGGCGGAAAAGAGAGCGUUUUGGACAGAUGCAGCAGGUCCGGACACAUUUUUCCACGGCCUAUGAACUGCCUCUUCUCACUCGGCCUGAAAACUAUGCUCAGAUUCAGAACCCUUCUUGGAUAGGCAGCAGCAGUGCGGCAUCUCCGGUGCCAGGCUGCGUCGUACCCUGUGACUCGGUCACUUCCUGCAUGCCACCUCAUCCACAUGCUGCUAGCGGAGUGUCUGACUUCUUGGGUGUGCCCAGUCCUGGAGGUCACAUGGGACAGACACACAUGGGCAGCUUGUUUGGGAGUCCAGGCAUGGGCACUGGUAUUAAUGGGUACGAUCUAAACAUGGACCCCGACAGGAAAUCUUCCAGCAUCGCCACACUGCGAAUGAAAGCUAAAGAACACAGCGCAGCCAUCUCUUGGGCUACAUGACUCCCCCAACUUUAGGACCGUAUCUCUGAAGUCCCUCAACAAACAAGAGAAGGAGGAGCAAAUGUGAACACAAGUUAGCCACCAAAGCAUGACCUGGGAUCAAGGAGUGUGUGGACUGACAAAGACAAGAAAAAGAAAUUGAGAACCCAUGAGAUUUAUUUCAAUUUGAAGUCUAGAGAGACUAGGGAAAAUCAGAGAUCAUAAAACUGAGAAUGUUCUGGCUUUAAAACAAGAAAGAUGACAGAAACUUGACAUUUGAAUGCAUACAAGAAUUAAAUGAAAAAGAAAAAAAUGAACAGAAAAAAAACCCUGCACUUAUCUGCCACUAGUGUCCCAUUUGUAAAACACACGUAAAUUUAUCAAAACGCAUCUGGCUUCUUUUUCAUCUCAGCAUAAUCAAAACCUAUUAAAUUCUUGUUCUGUCACAGACUCCUUUUCCAAAUAUGCUAUUUCUGCCUAGACAGUUCCAAAGGACAAACAAUAGUUUCUCACAGUAAAACUUUCCCAUUGCAGCCUGUAUCCAAACAUAUAUACAGUAUAAUCGCCAGUUCCCAAUAUCUAACCCCACAAAAUCCCUCAAUGAACAAUCACUACUGCUCAUUGAUUCAUUUGUUCAUAUUAAUUCAUAUGGAAUUGCAGAAGUCGGCUAUUUAAGAGAUAUACUACAAGUCUGUUGGGCGUGGGACAUCAGGCAUGUAUUGAUCAAAGCAAUUCAGUUACAGAACAAAAAAUAAACAGGUGGCAGUCUCUGUCCACACUGCAAUCUAUCUUUCUAUUAUUUGCAAUCCCUUUCAAUUUCUCUGCAGGAAAGAAUUGUCCUAAAGCUGUUUGGCCAGAUUUGACAGCAGCAUCUGGUACACAAAUCUUGGAUCCAUCAUACCAGCUGUCAAGUUGUCAAACAUCACUAAGAACUACAAUCUACAAAAAGGAUGUAAAAAUAGGUUGAAAAAGUUUUGCUUUCUUUGUGUUUUGAAGAUCACAAUAUUCUUGCAUCUUUUUAACUUUUCAGUGAAUGUUGGAGCCUUGGCUACUCUCCCCUCACUCUCCAUCUCCUGGCUAUAAAAUACGUAUCGUGGGGCUGCCUGAAAUUUAAACUAUGCUUCGUUAAUUUUUUCCGCAGAAGUCCUCAUUGCACCAUCUAAAAAAUGAAACUAUCAACUUGCCAAUCUAGGCAUCAUCCACCAUGGCUCUGAUUGGGUGGAAGCAAUACUGUUCUUUGGCAUGUAAUCACUGACAUUGCCAUGCACCACCACUGAGGUGGUGGAAAUAUAAAGCGAGCCCCAUUUCAAGGUACUACGAGCUUUCUGCGUUUCCCGAGUCAGAUUUAGCUCAGGUAAAACAAAGCUGUUUGAAAUCUGGAGCUGAAUCUGAUACGUUCUGCCCUUUGGAGAAGCCAUUUCUAAUUUGAAAAUGAGAACCACAUUUCCUUUCCUUCAUUCUGCUGUGCAGCUUAUCUGGAUCCCUGGAGAUACGUAUAUAUAUAUAUACACACACACACACAACUUUUUUGUUUGUAAUACCAGAGCAGUGACUUACCUGGUUUGGGGGGGUCACAACAUGGAAUCAUGUUCCAUAUUGAGGUCUUUUUUAGACCUACAGAAACUUGGCUUACAUUACUUAAUGUUUUUAAACAAAACCUCACUAUAAAUGCAUAGGACACAAUAUGAUGUUAAAAAUCACUUUGUAAGAGAACCUCAUUACAUAAAGUUAAUUAGAGAUCACCUCCUUACUGCUGCUCAGUCUUGUGUCCCAUGGCCUGUAUAUAUGAUAUGUAAAGUGUUGGAGCUUCAUGAAGUUCGAGCCAUGCUUCAUUACUUUUUUGGCAGAAGUCUUCAUUGCAUCUCAUGACUGAGCAUCUCGUCACCCACCCUUUCAAGGGACCUGUUGGGGGAAAACAUUUUUUUUUUUUGAUAAUGUUAAUGUGCUUUUCAUUAGAACUAAAGCUGACCCGUCCUGCACCGAUCCCAUUCAACAGAGUAGCAGUUCAACCUCCAGUCUGCCAGUGCAGAAUUGUGAGUCCUGACAGUGUCACUUUGGCCUUUAAGAGGUUACUGAGAGGGUGAAGUGACUAUAUAGUGUUCCGGUGUUCUGGGAAAGGACAAUCCACACAGCUGUGUGCGGGAUAAAUGCAAAACAAACAUGCCUCGCACAUGCUUCCCUUCAGCUGUCAUGGCUCUUCUUUCAAAGCCCCAUGCUGAACAGGGCCUGGCCUGCUACCCUGGCCAAAGCCUCAGCCCUCAGUGUCUCCGAGUCCAUGCACACCCAUGCUCUCGGGCAGUCUUUUUAAUUAACACAGAGACAUCUGCGGAGAAGGAUUCUGUGACAGCCUGGGCUCUGUGUUAGCCUAUCUUUAACUAUUGUGGAGCCGGGAAGGACGUCGAAGCUCAGGUCAACACUAUCAUUACUCUAUGUAGUAUCAGCACACACAUACUUACAUACCAUUAAAUGAGCUAAUCUGCACAUAACACAACACAAGUCAUCACAUUUGCUUUUAAUACUCUUGUAUUUCAUUCAAAAGGUAAAUCAUAACUAAACAUGUAGAAAGGUCAAAACGGUUCUGUAGAGACUGUACAAGAACAGAUUGUACAGUACCUAAAGGAAAUGUUAAUUUCAGACAGUACCUUGCAGAUGCCUAUGAGUUACAGAGAUGCUUAAGUCUCUGUCCCAUCUCUCAAAACUUAUACUACUGAAGUAGGCAUAUCCAAGUACUAGAAUAAUAUUAUGCUUUGUUUUGUGUGUGGUCGCAUGUAUGGUUUUCUUUGGAUUCCUAUCUUGCAUAAAAUACCCUUGGAGCCGUUCUUUUGUAAAAAAUAUCCUUAUUAGAAAUAUAUUAUUUUAUGUGUGACUAAGGGUUCUGGCUGUUGUUGUAUUGUGGGUCUAGGGAUAAAAUGCGAUACAUUUGGGUUUUUGGUGUGUAAAUGAACCUAAAAUAGUUGUGAUGGCUUAAAGCUAAACAUAUGGCUUUUGAAUCAUUUUGAAUAAUUAUUUACUUUCAAGCUUGUUUACGGUCUAUAUAUAUUGUGUGAUUUACAACCGUAAGUUAUUGCACUUACAAUUUUUUUUUUUAAAUUGUUGGAAUUGCUUUGAGAACAUCUGAUUCAAGUGGAAUAUCACUAUAAAAUAUGUGUACACUCAAUCAACUAUCAAGUACUCUGUGAACAUGACGGUGAAGUACCGAGGGCUGGUAAAUUGCUGGUUUAUUGUCAACGUGCGUUUUCAGAUGUGUUUAAAAUCCGAAAAAAAACAAGUUGUAUAUUUUGUUUAAACUUGGCCCAAAGCCUCUCAAAAAUCAGAAAAAUUUGUGAAUACCAAUUUUGAGUGAGUCACUCUGCUUCUCACACAUUGUUCUCAGAACCUGAUAUAACAGCCAUCUUACUUUAAAGACAUAUUGAAGACAUGAAGUUCCUGUUGGCAAGAGACUUUUACUAGGCUCUCCUUUAAUGGGUUAAAAAAAAGCCUACAUUUAAACCAUUACAGGUUCUGGAUAUUCUACUAUGGAUGUUUCAUUUCAUUUGACAUUUUCUGUGUGCUCAUUUUUGUUUGUUUCUCUAAAUGCAGAUGAAUAAUAAUAAUAAUAAUAAAAAAAAAACUAAUA